AGCAAAUGAUCAGCGGAUCAGACGAUAAGACGAUUCGGCGAUGGGACUUGCGAGAGGGCAAGGAGAUUGAAGAGGCUCGGGAGGUUUACAAAAAUAGGAUAUAUGGAGUGAGGGUAUCAAGGGAUGGUCGAUGGGUUGUCACUGCUGGCUAUAGCCUCGGACUCAAAGUCAGUGAGGUUGAGACGGGGAUCGUGAGAACAUUUCACAUUGGGUGGAUCACUUGCUUCGAUAUCUCAACGGACAGCACCUUGGUAGCGGGUGGGUCAUACGAUGGGACACGGAUAUGGAGCUUGGACACAGGCGAACUCGUGGUUGGUCCAUUCCAAUUUACUGACAAGGGUGAUCCUAGCCCAAUAGCACUUCGACUCUCGCAAGACUCUCGGAAGAUGGCGGUGUCUCUAAAUUUGGGGCAUCUUCAGGUGUGGGAUGUUGAGGCACAGAAAUUGCUUGUACAAAAGUCUAGUCCUAGCAAACAUUCUGGGUUUGUUUCACCGGUCUUCUGGACAACAAAAGACAAAUCCAUUGUAGCUGCAUUCAGCUUCACGGAUGAUGCCCUCAUCCGGACGAUCUAUGAGUUGGACGCAUCGACACUCAAGACUGUUGGAGCUCCUUUCAAACACACUGAUGGCAUCUAUGGUCUAGCACUCUCAUCUGAUUGUAUUCUUCUCGCCAGCUCUUCCUACCGCUCCAUCAAGCUGUGGGCCUUCGAGUCCCGCCAACUCCUUGCUUCAUUCGACGUUUCGGGAUCUCCCAUGACCGUCGUCCUCUCGCCUGAUUCACGCCAACUAGCUCACACGACCUUCGAUGACUCCAAAAUUUACGUAUGUAACAUUCCAGCAAAUAUCCUUGCUAGCAUUGGGCUUCAAGAACUGCAGUCUAGUAACAGUAAAUCUGAACGUUCGCGCCAUGCUGGUCUACUCAACUCCAAUGCAACACCUCGUCCCGCGCGUCGUAAACUGGUGGUAAUACCUGCUGUGUCUCCCAUCCCUCGACCUUUGCCUGCGAGGGAUCCAGACACUCGCCUUCGCUUUCUACGCAAACUCUUUUCACCCUCUUUUCGUACAGGCGCGGUUCACACCGAUGAGCCUCGCGAUCCCCUGGAUUUCUCUGCUACAUUGCCCCUACCUCGUGCACUUUCAAAACAUGGCGAUGAUGCUCGACACGCACCAGUACCACGCACCACCCAAUCCUCUGCCAUCAAUACUUCCUCAAAUCUCAAAUCCCGCCUACAUCGACUAUCAACUCAUGCAUCACCCGCUAUCGUCGAUGUUCCUCUCGCGCCUGGUAGACUCCGGUACGCUGCAGCGGGUGCUCGCGGCCCUGAAGAUGACCUUAUACGUGAUGAAGACUAUGUUCCUCCUUCUCCUAAUGCCGGCUCACGCCAAGGGACUGUCAACUCCGGACAGCAUGGAAGAAGCCGGUUCUGUUUCUGCUUAUAGCUGAAUUCGAUCGGAUAUCUUGUUACUGUAAUCAUUACUCAUAAAGCUAUCGGUUUUUGUUUCUGCUUUUAACUGAUUCGAACUUGUUCCCUGGUACCUCGUUGCUGUAAUUGUUGCUCGUCGCAUGCGUUGUUCUCCCGUCAGUGUCACGG